CCCCUCUCUCUCUCUCUCUCUCAAAAUGCAGAGCUUGAACCUCCUAAUAUAAUCACAUUUGUUUUUUUGUUUAUGAGAACAACAAUGGGGAGGAACUUUGUCACAUCACUUCUCAUCUUUGUUGUUUUAUUUUCUGGGUUCUCAUCAGCUUCAGCCACACCUCCUGCAAAAAUCGUUAGUGGGGUUGUUUCAAAUGUUGUCUCUGCUCUCAUUAAAUGGUUGUGGUCGCUAAAACCCACCCCCAAAACAGCGAUUUCUAGCCGUUCGAUGAUGAAAUUUGAAGGUGGAUACACUGUCGAGACGGUCUUCGAUGGAAGCAAACUUGGAAUUGAUCCAUACUCUGUUGAAGUGUCUCCAUCUGGGGAGCUUCUGGUUUUGGAUUCUGAAAACAGUAACAUUUACAAGAUUUCAACUCCGUUGUCUCGAUAUGGUCGGCCCAAGUUGAUUGCUGGAUCACCUGAAGGGUACUCUGGGCACGUGGAUGGGAAGCCAAGAGAGGCUAGGAUGUACCACCCAAAAGGGAUUACGGUCGAUGACAGAGGAAAUAUCUACGUCGCAGACACUUUGAAUAUGGCAAUUAGGAAGAUCAGUGAUGCAGGGGUUGUCACUAUUGCAGGAGGGAAGUGGGGCCGAGGAGGAGGUCACGUUGAUGGUCCAAGUGAAGAUGCAAAGUUCUCAAAUGAUUUUGAUGUGGCUUACAUCGGAAGUAGCUGCUCUCUUUUGGUUGUGGAUCGAGGAAACCAGGCAAUUCGUGAGAUCCAACUCCGUGAAGAUGAUUGUACUUAUCAGUACGAUGGGAAUCUCAACUUAGGGAUAGCAGUGCUUGUUGCGGCUGUGUUCUUUGGUUACAUGCUUGCCUUGCUACAGCGUAGAGUCAGAGCUUUGUUUUCAUCCCACAGUGAUUCUGAAACUUCAAUCAGAACAGGCAUACCACCCGCGCCUCAUGAAAGACCUUUUAAACCUGUCAGGCCGCCCUUAAUUCCAGCUGAAGAUGAAUCGGAGAAGGCAGAAGAGGGUUUGUUUGGUUCAUUGGGUAGACUUUUCCUCAACACCGGCUCAUCUGUGGUUGAAAUAUUCACGAGCUUAUUUUCAGGUAGGAAGAAGCCACUCCACCACAGUCCUAUCCAGCAGCAAUAUUACCAGCAACCGAUCAAGCAUUCAAAUACUUGGCCAAUGCAAGAGAGCUAUGUGAUUCCACGUGAAGAUGAGCCUCCAGCACUAGAUACCCGAACCCCAACACCCAGAAAUGCCUACCCGUAUAUGACAAAGGACACUGAAAAGAACCACCAAUUCAAGCAAAGUCAGGCAUUUAACAGUGGGUGGAAUGGCGGUCGUCUCCACCACCAACAGCAGCAGCACAUGCAGCAGCAACAGCAUCAUCAGAGGCAUUACUCAUCCGGUCCUCAAACUUAUUACGAGCAAAGUUGUGAGACAAAUGAGAUUGUGUUUGGUGCAGUUCAGGAACAGGAUGGUCGUCGGGAAGCUGUUGUGAUAAAGGCAAUGGACUAUGGAGAUCCCAAGUAUAAUAACCAUAAUAUUCGGUCUCGAUAUAACUAUAUGGGUUACUCCUAUGGCUAUUGAUCAUAUGUAUCUCUUCGUAUCAUGAAAUACACGAAGUACACGUGAGAUAUGAAGAUGACAAUGUAGAAGAUCAAUGUAGUGAAUUUUGGGGGAAAAAAUUCAAAUUUGUUUGGGAGAUGUGUUAGUUGUCCAAAGCUUUUGCUCACUGAGUUUAUGUACAAGAAAGUAGAAAUCACAAUGAAGAGGAUCAAUAUCUUUUUCUAACUAUAAAUCAAAAGAAUAAAAUUAAUGGUAA